GAUACGUGGCUCGAGCGGAGGGACACGAGGCCUUCUAAGCUUCCCUGUCUUCUUGCUCCCGGCCUCCAGUCUUCAGCUCGGCCAUGGCUCCCAAAGGCGGCUCCAAGCAGCAGUCCGAGGAGGACUUGCUCCUUCAGGAUUUCAGCCGCAACCUGUCGGCCAAAUCGUCGGCGCUGUUCUUCGGGAACGCGUUCAUCGUGUCUGCCAUCCCCAUCUGGUUGUAUUGGAGAAUAUGGCAUAUGGAUCUUAUCCAGUCUGCUGUUCUCUACAGUGUGAUGACGUUAGUAAGCACUUACUUGGUAGCCUUUGCAUACAAGAAUGUAAAAUUUGUUCUCAAGCACAAAGUAGCACAGAAGAGGGAGGAUGCUGUUUCCAAAGAAGUGACUCGAAAACUUUCUGAAGCUGAUAAUAGAAAGAUGUCCCGGAAGGAAAAAGAUGAAAGAAUCCUGUGGAAGAAGAAUGAAGUUGCCGAUUAUGAAGCCACAACAUUCUCCAUCUUCUAUAACAACACUCUGUUCCUGGUUCUGGUUAUUGUUGCUUCCUUCUUUAUACUGAAGAACUUCAACCCCACAGUGAACUACAUUUUGUCCAUAAGUGCUUCAUCUGGACUCAUCGCCCUCUUGUCUACUGGCUCCAAAUAGACCGUGUAGCAUGGCCCCUGCCUUUGUAUCUAGGGGUGGCCUGUGGUAUAUGGGAAAGCAUCAGGGGGCCCAGGUUGGGAGACACAUAAGAUAUUUUUAUAGUCUGGAGUUUGAGGGUUUAAAAAUGCAGUAGAAUGUAAUUCAGUGUUUGUUUAUUGGCUCUUUUUGACAGAUUGUUGAAAUUAAAUGAGUGGAAAGGGAAACUCAGAGUACCAGGGCAUUUAUUAAAAGGCAAGAAGUCUUGCAAUGUGCUCUAAUCACGAGGAGAAAAUAACUGUCAGAGGUCAUGGUAACCUGGACUGAGCUGUUAUUAUUUAUAAUAGGAGGAAGAAGUUAAUAACUGGUUCUCUGUGUUCCAAGCACAAUAUUACAACUUUUAGAACUGUAAAUCUUAGAGCGAAUCCUCUUCCUAAGGGAUUAAACAGAAGCCUCAUUUUUUUUUAACAAGGCUCCAAAUUUGUAAUUUAUAAUAACUCAAAGUUAAAACCAUGGCCUCUCCAAUUUGAGGGAGGGAAACUUGCAGAAUCUUUUUUUUUUUUUUUAAAAGAAAGGCAGCCAAGGUAGUAAUCUAAAAAUAGUACCUAGGCCUAUGAGCGUUGGCCUGUGAGGCUGAAGCACACACUGUUCAGCUGUAUGGCUUUGGCCCUGGGUGGCCAGGGAGGUCAGCUUGACCCUGCCAUGUUGGUUUGAUGUGUGAAGUCACUGGAAUCAUUGUUUCUGUGACCAGGCUCUCGGCACCAUGGGCAUAAUAUUAAGUGAGAGAAUAUUUCUAUCCUGAUUACUGACAAAUGAGAGACCAAAAGAAUUUUUGUGAACUUAGCCCUGGAAUUCUUUGGACUCUCCAAGGAAUUUACAGUGGUUUAAAAUGGUUGUCAGCAUUUUUCCAUGAGGACUUUAAUAAAUUUAGCUCCUUUUGCUCAAGGUUCCUUUCAAUUGUGAAAUGCUGAUCACAUUAGUUUUUCAGGGGUCCAGCUAAGAGUAGCCUCCUGUUGGGAGGUCAUUCCCCCAUGUCUUUUCUCCGUUCCAUUAUGUCCAGAUUCUGUCUUUGUGUGCUGUGACUUCCCAGUUUGGAAAACACAACACUAUGAUCACUGAUUUCAUAUUCCUAUUUGCUGUUCACCACACCCAGGAACUUUCUGUAAAGGCCACCUCAAAGGGAAAUUACUAAUAUCUAGUUUCUGCUUGUAAACUAAGAGGAACAUACGAACUGUUUCCAACUGUAAAGAUGUUUAUGAGGAGUAGAGCUGUUUCUGUGCUGGUCGAUGUUUCCAUGGUCUGUGCUAAGAACUUAGGGAACUCAGGAGGAGCCUGUUAACUUUACCUCCUUAUUGUCUGCGUUGAGAAUCAUUUUAUCUCCAAGUGUUCAGUUCUUUUCUGUGAAUCAUUGUUACCUGAGUGUCAUUUCCAGGCAAUGUGGAAUGAACAGGGAAAUGAGAGAUUCAAAGCAAAGUACAUGGGGUAGGCUGUUUUGUUGCUUUAUUUUAAUCGGCAUUUGGCUGGUAACUUUGUGUACCAGUGCAUUUACCUAGUAAAAUGAUCAUUUGAUACACCAUCUAGUUGUUACCAGAGCUGAACCAAACACCUAAGUGACUGCUGUGAACUUGCCACUAGGUGGCGGUGCCUGUGUAGAUGGCGUGAAAGUCCCCACCAUUACUGGACUCUAUAUAUGGUCAGAAGCUCAAGAAUGGUGAAAUAGGGAUGCCAGCCUCAAAAUUUUAAUUUUAGUUAGUAACCAAAAGUUUGCUGGGAGAGUGAUUAUGUAGUUUUCUUCUGUCGUGAAUGUUUCCUGUGACUAUCUUCGUUUUUAACUCUUAAAAUGUCCUCUAACUCUGCUACCAAAUUUCUGUGUGUGGAGUCAUUAGCCGUAUCAUUAGCUCCCUUUAAGGAAUCAGUGUAUCGGUUCUUUAUACUUAGAAGUGUGGGCGCUCUUCUCUAACCUCUACCAUAAAUGCUGCACAUAGGUUUAUGAAGUGUUCAGUAAGACAGACAGUGAAAUCCUGUGGCUAAGUUUGUACCAUGAAAGGAUGCCAUACAUCACGCCAGUAACAUAGGACAUUCAGAAUGCUCACAGUCUUUUUUUUUCCUCAUAUGUGUGAUAAGUAGAAUUUUAGUGUUAAGCAUUUUUAUGUUGUGAUUUACUCAUUUAUAACUUAAUAGAAGACUUGGAUUUAAAUUUACAACUGUCCUGUUGUAUUGUUUUAAUUUGGAAAGGAUAAUUUGAAGUUAACUGAAAUAAUGGAAGUUGAACUUAUACUCUGCAUUUUAAAAAAAGUCUUGUUAUUAAUAAGUAUGAUUAAACUUUGUUUUUAAAACUG